AUGGUGGAGAAAUCUUGGAGUAAGCCAGUGGAGGGGACUGCUAUGAAGGUGAGUUUCCUAAAGUUAAAAAGAUUGAAGCAUGUGCUUAGAGGUUUCAAUAAACGGUGCUAUGGAGAUUUAUCAGAAAAGGUGCAGGAUAAAAGGAAAGAAUUGGAAGCUGCUCAGCUGGAGUUAGACACAAAAAACAACAGAAGUACAAUUGAAGUCUUGGUUACUAAGAGUGGUGGAAGGGUAGAAUCGCAGGCUGAGCUUACAGAGGAGAUUGUUGGAUAUUUUAAAAGAAUUUUGGGGACUUUUGAUACUGCAGUGGUUGUGCCAUCAGGGGGAUUAUUGCAAGAGCUAUAUCAAUGUUCUUUAACAUCUGAUGAUCAAGAAGUUAUUGGUAACCGUAUUGAAAGACGAGAAGUAAAAAAUGCAAUGUUUGCUCAGAAAGCUUAUUUUUUAAAAACUAGGAAUAUUGUUGGGGAUGAUGUUACUGCAGCAGUCUUGGAAUUUUUUCAGGUUAAUAAUUUGCUGCCAGCUUUUAACUCAACACUUGUUGCCUUAGUGCCUAAGAAGUUAAAUUCAAGUUGUAUGAAGGACUUCAGGCCAAUCUCUUGUUGUUCAGUGAUCUAUAAAUGCAUCACUAGAAUUUUGAUUGAUAGAAUGACAAGUUUUCUACCUAAACUUAAUGCAGGCAAUCAGUCAGCUGUUAUUCAUGGAAGGAGUGUUUCUGAUAAUAGUCUUUUAGCUCAGGAGAUGGUUAGGGUAUGGCAGGAAAUCACUGUCACCUAG